AUGGGUGGAAGAAGUUCAAAAAAAUCGUUUACUCAAUGGGAUUUAAUUAAAUAUAGUAAUAUGACAAAUAUACCUCUAACAACAGUAGAAAAAAUUUAUAAAGAUUUUCUGAUAAAUACUGGUAAUACAAACAAAAUGGACAAAGAUGAAUUUCGUCAUUUAUAUAAACAAAUGUAUAUUAGUGGUCAAUCUCAAAAUAAUCGUAUACCUUUUAUUACCGAUCAUGAUUUGAAUAAAAUGUCAGAUCAUGUUUUUGAACUCUAUGAUUACGAUGGUUCAGGAAAAUUAACUUUUGAAGAAUUUGCUGAAAUUUAUUUAAUGCUUAAUCAUUAUGCUGGUACAUUAAAUGAUGGUAGCACACGUCGUGAUAGAUUCAAUUAUAUAUUAGAUCAAUAUGAUACAACACCUGGAUAUAUAACACGUGAACAUGGUCAACAAGUUUUUAAUUAUCUAAAUAAAUAUAAUAAUUUGUCAAAUUUGGAAAAGAUUAAAUCUGAAAAUUUUCAAGAUCAUUGGAAUAAACUUGAUGAUGGUAAUGGUCGUGUAUCGAAAGAUAAAUUCGUUGAUUAUAUUACCAAAUCAAAUGAUUACAAAGAUUAUUUUGAUCAAAAGACUAUUUAA